GGGGCGGCGCGGGCGGGCCGGCCGGGCUGUGCACCUGCGCCUCGGCGGGCCGUCUGGGGCACCGUCCCGGCCCGCCCGGCCCCGCCAUGGCCCGGCCGCAGAGGACUCCGGCGCGCAGUCCCGAUAGCAUCGUCGAGGUGAAGAGCAAAUUUGACGCCGAGUUCCGACGCUUCGCGCUGCCCCGCGCUUCGGUGAGCGGCUUCCAGGAGUUCUCACGGUUGCUGCGUGCGGUGCACCAGAUCCCGGGGCUGGACGUGCUACUUGGCUAUACCGAUGCUCACGGCGACCUGCUGCCCCUCACCAACGACGACAGCCUGCACCGGGCCCUGGCCAGCGGGCCCCCACCACUGCGCCUACUGGUGCAGAAGCGGGACGCUGACUCCAGCAGCCUGGCUUUUGCCUCCAACUCUCUGCAGCGGCGCAAGAAAGGGCUCCUGCUGCGGCCAGUGGCACCCCUGCGCACUCGACCACCCCUCCUAAUCAGCCUGCCCCAAGAUUUUCGCCAAGUUUCCUCAGUCAUAGAUGUGGACCUACUGCCUGAGACCCAUCGACGGGUGCGGCUGCACAAGCAUGGUUCAGACCGCCCCCUGGGCUUCUACAUCCGAGAUGGCAUGAGUGUGCGUGUGGCUCCCCAGGGCCUGGAGCGGGUUCCAGGGAUUUUCAUCUCCCGCCUGGUACGUGGGGGCCUGGCUGAGAGUACAGGGCUGCUGGCGGUCAGUGAUGAGAUCCUCGAGGUCAAUGGCAUUGAAGUAGCCGGGAAGACCUUGGACCAAGUGACGGACAUGAUGGUUGCUAACAGCCAUAACCUCAUUGUCACUGUCAAGCCUGCCAACCAGCGCAAUAACGUGGUGCGAGGGGCAUCUGGGCGUUUGACAAGUCCUCCCUCUGCUGGGCCUGGGCCUGUUGAGCCUGAUAGUGACGAUGACAGCAGUGACCUGGUCACUGAAAACCGCCAGUCUCCCAGUUCCAAUGGGCUAUCUCAGGGGCCCCCGUGCUGGGACCUGCACCCUAGCUGCCGAUAUCCUGGUGCCCGCAGCUCUCUGCCCUCCCUGGAUGACCAGGAGCAGGUCAGUUCUGGCUGGGGGAGUCGCAUGCGAGGAGAUGGUAGUGGCUUCAGCCUCUGACAGGCGGGAUGCAGCCCCAUGCCACUCCACACUGCUGGGCCAUGGCAGGGACUUCAUAGUGGGGGUUUUUAGCGGGCUCUCAGGGCUCCCUCAGCUUGGGGAAUAUUAAAGGUUUUCUACAAAUACA